AUGCUCUCCGUUAGUUGCGGUGCCUUCCAAGAUGCCAAGAACGUCUUCGAGACAACCUGCAACAGACCCCAGAGGGACCAUAGCCCGGAGUAUGCUCGUUUGACCUGGGUAUUACUAGGUCUUACUACUUUCGUUGUAGCUGCCCGCUUGAUAUACAAGUCCUUCUCGUCGGCACAGCUCGGACUCGAUGACCUUUUCACUUUGCUAGCCUACCUCGCUGUUCUUCCGUCCUUCAUCAUCAACGUUGUCGGCCUAAUUCCCGCCGGGUUAGGCAAGGACAUAUGGACCCUUACGCCACGUCAAAUCGAGAGUUUCGGUUAUUGGUUCUACCUUUUGGAGCCCAUGUAUUUCAUCCAGAUGGGCUUGGUUAAGAUGGCAAUCUUAUGCUUCUACAUGCGCAUCUUUGACCGCGCCGGCCUUAGAACCCUUUUAUGGGCCACGGUUGUCUUCAACGCUGUCAACACUGUCGUCUUCGUCCUCGUCGGCGUCUUCCAAUGUACCCCUAUCUCGUUCUACUGGACGAGGUGGGAUGGCGAGGGAAAGGGCACUUGUAUCAACAUCAAUGCGGUUCCCUGGGUGAACGCCAUCAUCAGCAUUGCUUUGGAUCUUUGGAUGCUUUUCCUGCCCCUGUCAAGGAUCCGGACUCUGAAUCUUCAUUGGUGGAAGAAGAUCGCCGUUACGCUCAUGUUCUGUGUCGGUACUUUCGUAACCAUUAUCAGCAUUCUGAGACUCCAGUCGCUGGUUCGCUUCGCGAAUUCUAAGAACCCUACAUGGGAUCAAUAUGGAAUCGCCUUUUGGACAUGUCUCGAGGUCCCUACCGGGAUAGUCUGCUGCUGUAUGCCGGCUAUGCGUCUCAUUCUCAUAAAGUCGUUCCCGAGGCUCUUCGGGAAGCUCACCGAGCGCCACAAUUCAAAAAAGUAUGCAGUUCCCUCAAACGAGGAGGACCGGAGCCGGAGCCGUAAUCGAAUUUCUCGCGUCCCGGUUCCGGAGUGCUCGACUACCGACCUCCAACCGGCUCCGCAGAACUCCAAAAAUGUCGUAUACGCCGGAAAGUCUGCGGUCGAGGCUCACGACUCUUCGAGUUUGUUUGCAAUGACAGAAUUAGAGGCGGGGAGCGCCAAGGAUAGCAUGUCUCGAAGCCAUAGAUCAUCGUCGCCCUCACGCUCCUCCAUCGCGAUGUCGGACCAAGCAGUAUCCACACGGAGGUAG